AUGCUGCGCAAGUUUUUCGGUAGCGGAGGCGUGUCCGAGAGUACCACAUCGUCUUUUGCCACAAAGAAAUCCGAGGUUGAAAGUAAUGGCAAUCACAACACCGAGUUCGCCGAAAUGGUUGUGCGUCUGGAGCGCUUUGAAGUAGGUCUGAAGGACACGAUUAACAAGCUGUCCCGACACUGCCAAGCAAUUUGUGAGGUGGUCGCCUCUAGUCGCGAUCUCGGCUCGUGUGUACAUAGCCUUUAUGGAGAGGAAGACAAGCAGCAGCUAGCAGCAGCAGAAGCACGCAAACUCUUGGCGGAUGUCGCCACGUUUCAAACCAACUCGAUUGCACCAUUGCAGACCAUUUUGUCUGGUAUUCCGCAGCUCAAGCUGAGGUGCGACCACCGUAAUAGUGCCAAUCGUGUCGUGCUUCGAUAUGAACGAAAGGUAGAAGAACUUCAAUCAACGACUCGCCACGAGUCUACUCGUCUUCGUCGUAACCGAUCGAAAUACCAAGUCGCUUUUGCACGAUUUAAGGAGAUCGACGACGAGAUCCUUGCUGACGUUGCUGCUGUGUUAGCGAAUGAUUUACCGGAAAUCGCAGGACAGGCAAUCGAAAAGCUAUUGAUUCAGCAACAAGCUCUUACAGCUAGCUGGAUGCAGGCUGAAGUAACAACUCUUCAGAAACAUUUGAGCGGGUAUCGAGCCCUUGCAACAGAGAAGAAACAGCAGCAGGCUCAGGUCAAAGUCCAUGAAAAGUGUGCAAACGAUGCUGGGGUAGCUGAAAGCUCAAGCGACAGCGAUAUCGAUAAUAACAAUGCGAACGAUAGCCAUGUGGAAGAUCCUGCUCGAAGCGUUAAACCGUCCUCACCGCGCUAUCCGACUGCAACUGCUUCUCCCAAAAAGAUGCAGCCAAGCGACCCCAUUCGCGUCAUGUCCAAUCAUGUGCGUAACCAAGAGCAAAGUAUUUGUCCACGCACGAAGCACGUCUCCGGCACGCGAACAUGGAAUCUGCACCGCCAUAUCAAGGACUCCAUGGCGAGUGGACUGGACCUCGCGGACUGUAUCCAGCUGCCCGAGGGCUGCCAACUCGAUGAGUGGAUCGCCGUUCACGUGAUCGACUUCUUUAACGAGAUCAGUAUGCUGUUCAACACAAUCUCCGAGUUCUGCACACACAGCACGUGUCCACAGAUGUCAGCGGGGCCAUGCUAUACGUAUCUUUGGGCAGACGGCGUGCAGCAAGUGACACCGAUCUCGCUGCCAGCAGCGGAGUACGUUGCGCGACUGCUCGAAUGGGUAGAUGGACAGCUCGACGACCCGAAGCUCUUUCCUGAAUCCUACUCUACUGCUACGAGCAGCAAUGGCAGCGGAGAAUGCAACCCCAAGAAUAUGCGCACAGCACGCAACAUCCUCAAGCGCCUGUUCCGCGUCUACGGGCACGUGUAUCACAACCACCUGCAGGACUACGUAGCACUGCAAGCCGAAUCGCAUCUGAAUUUCUGCUUCAAGCGCUUUAUCCUGUUUGCGCGACAGUUCGAACUCAUCGAGCAGAAAGAGCUUAAUGCGCUUCGUAAGCUCAUCCAGACGUUGGUAGCCAAACCCGUGGCCAUGACGAACUUCUAG